AUGGAAAUAUCGUGCCUGCACCAAUAUGUACAAAUAGAAGAAACACUCAACUACGACGAGAAAAAUGAAGAGCCGACGGACACAAGUAAAAAUACAUAUGUACCCAAGACAUGUCAAAUCCAAACAUCUGGUGUGAUUUGCAAAACCCCACUAGCGCAUGGGAUCCAACGAAUGAUAUUUUCCAGAUUGCGAAGAGCCUCACCUCCUAAGCCUUUUAGAGCGACUCUUAUCGUGUUUAAGCUUUUUGUGGGCCCGGAAACGGGUACUUGCGUGAAUGUCGUUUACUUUCAUGCCGGAGCUCGUGGCGCCGACAGGCAGCUUAAACGUGCAGGUAAGCAAGAAGACUUUUGGACCAGUGAUUUUGAGCACCCUCCGGUUGCGAAGGAGGGUAAAGAUGUGUUAUACAGUACCAAUAACAGUCCUUGGCGGCCUGAAAGCUCUAAUCACUUCGAUUUUUAUUUACCCGGACUCCUUAUCGUUACAAUGAUGAAAGGAAGUGAAAAGACUUCGCAAACAUAUACCUUUCUAGUGCCUUGGGGCUCAAAAAGCAUCUGGAAGGGCCCUGAUAUUCAUCAAGGAUAUUUUGAAAUGCUUUCACUCCAAUCGGAAGCUUUGAAACGGUUUCCGCCACUUCGCUACUUCUCGUACGCGACACGAUGUUUCAUAUCUCGCUGUGGGACCGGAACGACCCCUUCCUAUCAGGAACAUUUUAGCGCUCGCUUCAAAUCCACUGCUGAAUUCCGGAUUACCAUCAAUUGA